UCCCAGGCCGGGCCCCACUCACUCUGAAGAAAGCCAUCUGGAGCCCAAAAGAACAAAGGACUGUGAACCUGCAGUCUGUUUACCCGGCUCCCUCCACCCCUCCCGAUUUAGCCUCUGGCUCUUUUUCUUCAUUGCUGCUUCAGGGCUCUGCUGUCAAUUCUUUGCCCUAUCCACCAUUUCUGAUUAUCCAAAUCACUUGCCUCCCCAACCGUGUGCCUCCCACCCAAACCCUCCCCCGACUUGAAGGCUCUAAUCUCAACUCUGCCUCCAACUUCCUGGACCACACCAGAUCUGUCAAAGUUCUAUUAGGGCUCAGGAACUGCGGGCUGCCUCCUGGACCCUGAGUCUGGGACUAGAUUCGGAAACCAGACCUGUCACUCACAGUGAUAGAGGGGAUUCUUCUCUGUCAGGUGCGUUCAGGAAGCAAAAGGAAGCCCCAGGUUCGGGAACUGGGGCAACGACUCCAAGCCCUCGAGGAGGGAACGCAGACUUCAGCCAGCCGGUGUUCCAGCUCCUCCCCCGUGCGCCACAGUCAAGAGCAGGGCACCGACCCGGCUGUGAGGGAUCCCGACAGGACGAAGGCCGCGAGGGUGUGGCGAAAGCACGGAGACAUGACCUGGCUACUCCUGGCGCUCUGGGCGUCCCUGGUGUCAGUGGAGCUCGCCCAAGACUCGGAGACUAGGGAGCCAGCCAGAAACCUGAGCUGCUUCCAGUGCUUCAAGGUCCACAAGCCCCGCAUGUGUAGGCCCAGGAUGUGCCGACCAGAGGAAAAAGUCUGCCUGAGCAACGAGGUGUUAAUUUACUCAAGAACAAGGAGCAGAACACAGAUCAGCAAGGCCUGCGCUGUCACAUGCCCCAACUCCAACAGUGUGUAUGAGUGGGAAGUGAACAAAGAAAUUUGGGCCAGGAUCACCAGAGUAUGCUGCUCAGGGAAUCUCUGCAACAGAGUACCUGGCGCUGUGUUCAGGACCCUGCCAGGGAGGAUCUUGCUGCCACUGGGUCUGGGCCUCUUCUACACCCUGUUGUGAGGAAUACCCUGCAACACCCCUGCCACCCCUUGUAGUACCUCCUGUCUUCCACCUCAAGUAGCUAUUGUAAUGGGUUAAUAAAACACGCUGCGGAUCCCCUAGUGGCUGCAGGCAGCAAGCAGCGGAUCCCCUGAGCAGCUAGUCCCAGGCAGGGACAGUGCGUGAGAUCACGAGGAGGGAAAGAUAGAUAGGCAUGUCAUAAGCUGCAGGUUUCCAAAGACGGCUGGUCCUGGGCAGGGAGUCAUACAGGCAGGAGAGAGAUAGAAACUUGGAUAGGCACACCAUACAGAGUGAGGAUGGACAUUUAUUUAGUGGGUUAUGGAGGGGAAAGGAAGAAAGGGAGACUAGCAGAGAGAGAGAGAGAGACAGAGAGAGAGAGAAGGGAGAAACAAAAGCUGCCUCUUUGAGAGGGAGACAGAAAAGGAAAGAACUCAGGCUGCAAGCAGGAAAAAAAUCUCCCUGCCUCAGCAGACAGGGGUGGGAAUGGGCGUGGCUUGCCUCUUAAAGAGACAGAACAGACCAUUACAGUCCCAUCUCUUUUAUAAUAAAAAGGUGGGAGGUUAGGCACCACAGGUUAAAGAAAUUAGGGUGGUAGACUCUGUCUCCCCCACUCUCUGCCUCUCUGCUCUUCUCCCCUUCUCCCUUCCCCCUCCAUAACCCACUAAAUAAAUAUCCAAUCUCA